GCCGUACUCUGCUACUUUCUUCGUCAGCUACUUAUGCCCCGGCCCUGCGGCAAAACCGGUUUCUUCCUUAUGCCCGUGUGUGCGUGUUUCAGCAGGCGACGGUGCAUCCAGAUCGCCGGCACCGAAGCUUGUCGCUGCUGCUGCUGCACUAUGAUGUCCCUGCUUCCGGACGGGCCGAGCCCUUGACCCUUGUCUGCCAGUUUGGACUGGCAGCGAGCUAGUUACUUUGGUGCAGGCCAGGCUCUGCAAAAUAUAUGCAUGAUUAAUUAAUCUCCGGGAGCUUCCAAAUGCUGCAAAAUAUGUAGAGUAGUGUUCUCUUCGGGGUUUUCUUGAGCUGUGCGUUUAUAUUUUGUUUUUAUUCUGUGGAGAAGUGGUUGAGGGGCAUAUAAAGGAUCUCAUGGAGUAGCUACUGUAGCUCUCAGCCUUUCAGUUUCGAAGUGAUUCUCAGCCCAACAGUGUCUCAGCAAAUCAUUACAUCAAAUUAGGUUUCUAAACAACUGUAGCGGGUUUUAUUACAUCAUUGGACAUUGUGUAUCAGAUCGGGUUUUGUGCUUAAAUAUUUGUUGCCGCGUGAAUGAAAUACCGGAGAUAACUUUUGUACAACUACCAUAUGCUGCUUUAGAAAGAAACAUGGAUUUUGAGUUCCUGGAGCGUAUACUUGAUGGAAGAGAGAAACCGACAAAUCUAUCAUUCGCACUUUUGAAGCAUAUCACAGAAAAUUUCUCCGACGAUCGAGAAAUUGGCCAUGGUGGAUUUGCUACGGUUUAUAAGGGAGUGCUCCCAAAUGAAAGCGUUGCUGUAAAGAGGAUAAGGAACGUCUAUACAAUCAAUGAGACCUUUUUUUAUCGAGAAGUUGACAGCCUGUUGAACAUUGAACAUAAAAAUGUCGUACGGUUUCUUGGCUUUUGUGCUAGCACAGACCAGAUAGCCAUACCAAUUGGAGGAUCGAAAGAACAUAUUUAUGCUGAGGUACGAGAAAGAUUACUCUGUUUUGAGUAUAUAAGCAAUGGAAGCCUAAAAAGGUAUAUCACAGAUGAAUUAAGGGGACUUGAAUGGAAUACACGUUAUGAAAUAAUUAGAGGCAUUUGUGAAGGUUUGCAUCAUCUGCACAAGGAAAAGCAGAUAUAUCAUAUGGAUCUGAAACCUGAGAAUAUACUACUUGAUAAGGAUAUGGUGCCGAAAAUAACAGAUUUUGGUUUAUCGAGACUUGAUGAGAAGUCAAAAACCAUGAGUGAAGACCGUCAUGGAUCACUCGGAUAUUGUGCUCCAGAAUACCUACACCGGGGAAAGAUGUCAUUCAAAUCAGACAUGUAUAGUUUAGGCGUUAUUAUCAUCGAAUUACUGACAGGAGAAAAGGCAAUCCACAAUAAUAAUAACAAUGUGCUUAGGAGAUGGAGGCAUAGAUGGAAGAAAACAGGGAAGGAAACACCGUUGGUUUACGAACAAGUAGCAAAAUGCGUUGAAAUUGGGUUACUCUGCCUGGAAAUUGACCCAUCCAAACGGCCUUUUAUAUGGGAUAUCAUACAUGCUAUCAGAGAAAUGGAAGGUGUUAAUGGGACAAUCAGCAAUGACUCUGAAUAUACGUUUGGACAGUUAAACCCUUACUCGAAGGACGAUAUGCUUGGAAUUGAGCCACUCGAUCUACAUUUUCCUUUCCAACUUAACAAAAAGUCGUCUUGCACCUUUCAACUAACCAAUGAAACAGACUCUUACAUUGCCUUCAACGUCGAACAUAUGAACCCCCUGUCAUACUGUGCACUGCCACAGAAAGGCAUUAUACCGCCACGAUCCAAGUGUAAUGUCGAAAUAACAAUGGAACCACAGGGCAAGGCACUGAGAGAUCGUACCAGCGAAUUUACUGUGUGGAGCACCAAAGUUAAUGAUGGCCUUGCCAUUGAGGAUAUAACUACAAGCAUGUUCAUUCAAGAGGCAACGAAUGUUGUGGAUGAGGUGAAUUUGGAUGUGGUUUUUGAUGCCAGUGAGGCAUGUAUGGUUGCUGGAAGAACGCCCGAUGUUAAACCAAGAAUAACGGAUGGAUGUGAAAAGUUGAAGAACUGGAAGCUGGUCGACAUUUUUGAUCCAGGACAUCUUCAGGCACGGCAUUGUCCAGAUUCAGCAACAUAUCCAACGAAAGUUGUCCGUUUGUUAUAUACAAAUGAUGGGACUGCGCUUUUAUCUCUCGGUUCGGAUGGUGUUCAUAAGCUGUGGAAAUGGCAGCGCAGUGACAGGAAUCAUAAACUCAAGUCUACUGCAUCUGUUUCGCCUCACCUGUGGCAACCAGAAAGUGGGCUUGUUAUGGUAAAUUACGCAAGUGAUGGCAUCCCGAAAGAAGCAACUGCCUGCAUUGUGGUGUCCAAAAAUGACUUCUAUGUAGUGUCUGCAUCUGGUGGCGAAAUCUCACUAUACAGUAUGAGGACGUUCAAGGUCAUGGCUACGUUCAUGGCACCUCCACCUGCUGCUACUUUCCUCGCAUUCUACCCGCACGACUAUAAUAUUAUUGCUAUAGGACUGGAGGACUCGACAAUUCAAAUCUACGAUAUCCGUUCUGAUGAGGUCAAAAGCAAGCUCAAGGGUCAUCAAAAAAAGAUUACUGGGCUGGCAUUUUCUCUAUCAAUGAAUGUUCUUGUAUCUUCAGGUGCUGAUGCUCAGCUAUGCAUCUGGAGCAUUGAUGGUUGGGACAAGAAGAAAUCAAAAUAUAUUCAACCCCCGGCAAAUCAUUCCCGUGCUUUAGUUGGCGAUACAAGUGUGCAGUUUCACAAUGACCAAACACAUCUUCUGGUAGUUCAACAGAGCCAAUUGUCAAUCUAUGAUGAAAAUCUUGAGUGCUUACGCUCGUGGAACCCAAGAGAUGCACUGCCAGCUCCAGUUUCGAGUGCAAUAUACUCUUGUGAUGGUCUCCUGGUUUAUGCUGGUUUCUGUGAUGGUGCUAUUGGAGUAUUUGAAGCGGGGUCUCUUAGGUUGCGUUGCAGGAUUGUACUUUCUGCUUAUGUGCCUUCUUCAAUAUCUAGCGGGGGAAGUGUGUACCCGAUGGUUGUAGCCGCACAUCCCUUGGAGCCUAACCAGAUUGCAGUUGGCAUGAGUGACGGGGAAGUUCAUGUGCUGGAGCCACUGAAAGCGGACCGAAAGUGGGGAGUUGCGCAUCCCCAGGAUAACGGAGCCCACCCAAACUUUGGAGACUUAUUUGAUGAUUUUUUUCUGGAGGAUUUUUUUCAGGAGGUGUAACGGUCAUGUUUCGAAAACGAUUUGAUUUUUCUUGUCAAACUUGCCAUGAUGCGUGACACAAGGUGUCUCAGCUCGAGCUCAUACGAGCUCGGAUGACAGUAAAAUCCAAACAAAAUCAUUAAAAAUACUGAUUUUUUUUCUUUGUGGCAAACAUUGAAAAAUGUUUGAUUGUUGGCAAAGUGUAGUCAUGGAAUGACAUUUCUAGAGGUCAUGUAAAAAAAUGAUACUUCAAAAAUGCCAUUUUCAAAACAUUUGUCAAUGUUUGCCACCAAGAAAAUUAAGUUUUUUUGAUUAAUUUUUGAAUAUUUCAGGAUUUUACAGUUCAUAUCAAAUCAUAUGAGCUUAAGUAGA